ACUGAUGCUGUCACAGCAGCAGCUGUGCUAGAUAAGGAACCACCAUCCGAGCCACACCUGGGCGAGCUCACAGCCUCCCACAUCACUCCCAGUUCCGUCCAGCUGGAAUGGAGCGUCCCCAAGGGCACCUUUGACUCCUUCACGGUGCAGUACAAGGAUGCACAAGGCCAGCCACAGGUGCUGCCCGUGGAUGGUGGGUCCCGCACGGUGACCAUGCCAGGGCUGUCACCAUCCCACCGCUACAAGUUCAACCUGUACGGGAUGUGGGGGCGGAAACGUCUGGGCCCCGUCUCCACUGCUGUUGUCACAGCAGCUGCAGUUGAGCCGGAAAAGGAACCGCCAUCCAAGCCACACCUGGGUGACCUCGUGGCCUCCCACGUCACUCCUGACUCUGUCCAGCUGGAAUGGAGCGUCCCCGAGGGCACCUUUGACUCCUUCACGGUGCAGUACAAGGAUGCACAGGGCCAGCCACAGGUGCUGCCCGUGGACGGUGGGUCCCGCACAGUGACCGUGCCAGGGCUGUCACCGUCCCACCGCUACAAGUUCAACCUCUACGGGAUGUGGGGGCGGAAACGUCUGGGCCCCAUCUCCACCGAUGCUGUCACAGAUGCAGUCAAGACAGAAAAGGAACCACCAUCUGAGCCUCGCCUGGGUGACCUCGUGGCCUCCCACGUCACUCCUGACUCUGUCCAGCUGGAAUGGAGCAUUCCUGAAGGCACCUUUGACUCCUUCACGGUGCAGUACAAGGAUGUACAAGGCCAGCCACAGGUGCUGCCCAUGGACGGUGGGUCCCGCACAGUGACCGUGCCAGGGCUGUCACCAUCCCACCGCUACAAGUUCAACCUGUACGGGAUGUGGGGGCGGAAACGUCUGGGCCCCAUCUCCACCGAUGCCAUCACAGCUGCAGCGGAGUCGGAAGAGGAACUGCCAACAGAGCCACGACUGGGCGAGCUCACUGUGUCCCACGUCACCUCUGACUCUGUCCAGCUGGAAUGGAGCAUUCCUGAAGGCACCUUUGACUCCUUCACGGUGCAGUACAAGGAUGCACAGGGCCAGCCACAGGUGCUGCCCGUAGACGGUGGGUCCCGCACGGUGACCGUGCCAGGGCUGUCACCAUCCCACCGCUACAAGUUCAACCUGUACGGGAUGUGGGGGCGGAAACGUCUGGGCCCCAUCUCCACUGAUGCUGUCACAGUUGAGACAGAAGAGAAACCACCAUCCGAGCCACACCUGGGUGACCUCGUGGCCUCCCACGUCACCCCCGACUCUGUCCAGCUGGAAUGGAGCGUCCCCGAGGGCACCUUUGACUCCUUCACGGUGCAGUACAAGGAUGCACAAGGCCAGCCACACGUGCUGCCCGUGGACGGUGGUUCCCGCACGGUGACCGUGCCAGGGCUGUCACCAUCCCACCGCUACAAGUUCAACCUGUACGGGAUGUGGGGGCGGAAACGUCUGGGCCCCGUCUCCACCGAUGCUGUCACAGCUGCAGUCAAGACGGAGGAGGAACCACCAUCCCAACCACGCCUGGGCGAGCUCACGGUCUCCCACGUCACUCCCAACUCUGUUCAGCUGGACUGGAGUGUUCCCGAGGGCACCUUUGACUCUUUCAUGGUGCAGUACAGGGACGUGCAAGGCCAGCCGCACGCGCUACGUGUGGAUGGAGAUUCCCGCACAGUGACCGUGCCAGGGCUGUCACCAUCCCGCCGCUACAAGUUCAACCUCUACGGGAUGUGGGGGCGGAAACGUCUGGGCCCCAUCUCCACCGAUGCCGUCACGGCACUAGUCAAGUCAGAAGUGGAACCACCAUCCCAGCCAUACCUGGGUGAACUCACAGCUUCCCACGUCACCCCUGACUCCGUCCAGCUGGAAUGGAGCGUCCCCAAGGGGAAAUUUGACUCCUUCAAAGUGCAGUACAAGGAUGCACAGGGCCAGCUGCAGGUGCUGCCUGUGGACGGUGGGUCCCGCACAGUGACCGUGCCAGGGCUGUCACCAUCCCACCGCUACAAGUUCAACCUGUACGGGAUGUGGGGGCAGAAACGUCUGGGCCCCAUCUCCACUGAUGCUGUCACAGCUGCUGAUGAACUGGAAAAGGAACCAGCAUCCGAGCCACGGCUGGGUGACCUCAUGGCCUCUCACAUCACUCCCAACUCGGUCCAGCUGGAAUGGAGCGUCCCCGAGGGCACCUUUGACUCCUUCGUGGUGCAGUACAGGGACACGCAAGACCAACUGCAGGUGCUGCCCGUGGAUGGUGGGUCCCACACAGUGACCGUGCCAGGGCUGUCGCCAUCCCAACGCUACACGUUCAUUGUGUACGGGAUGUGGGAGCAGAAACGUCUGGGCCCCAUCUCCGUUGAUGCUGUCACAGCCCCAUCUCCAGCAGAGGAGGAACCACCAUCCCAGCCCAGUCUUGGCGACCUCACAGCCUCCCAUGUCACCCCCGACUCCGUCCAGCUGGAAUGGAGCAUCCCCAAGGGCACCUUUGACUCCUUCACGGUGCAGUACAAGGAUGCACAGGGCCAGCCACAGGUGCUGCCCGUGGACGGUGGGUCCCGCACGGUGACCGUGCCAGGGCUGUCACCAUCCCGCCGCUACAAGUUCAACCUGUACGGGAUGUGGGGGCGGAAACGUCUGGGCCCCAUCUCCACCGAUGCCGUCACAGGUGCCCCAGGGACCCUGUGGGUGGGGUCCCUGUGGCCCCGCAGCGCUCGUCUGCACUGGGCGCCCCCCCAAGUCCCCCCUGGUGGCUACAUCCUUGUCUACGGCCCCCCCGGUGGCCCCCUGCAGACGCUGCAGCUGCCCCCAGAGGCAACAUCGAAGGAGCUGUGGGGCCUGGAGCCCAUGGGCCACUACUGGGUGCAGCUGCAGAGUCAGGGGCUGGAGCCGGCCCCCGUGCCCCUCGAGGCCACCUUCGACACCCGUGAGUUGGGCACGCGGGUCCCUCGGGGCUGGGGUGGUCCCUUGGGGCUGGGGGGGUUGCCACGGCCAGGGGGGUCCCCAG